GGAACAACCUAUGGAGGAGUGAGUGUGUGCUGCGCGUUGAAGAAGAGGAGGAGGAGGCGGAGGAGGAGGAAGACGAAGAGGGGAUCAGACUCUAAUAAGCAUCACGACGAGGCUGGCUCGGUGUUCCUUUCAUCUCUACUUGCUUCUCCUAAAUCGUCCGUCGUGUAGCAGUCGACUGCUCAUUAGCUUUUCGUGACGAAUGAAACGUUAGCUUUUAGCUUUAGCGCGAACGUCCGGAUUUUCUUUUGACGUUGUUGUCGAGGAGAAAAGUUUUGAAAUGAGGAGUCAACAGCAGCUAAGUCGAUGGCGACCAACCGAAAGGACGGGUUGAGUACAUUCGAGUUGUAGUUGGCAUUAGCUAGCUGUAUUACGACGUAAAUAUGGCUCAGGUGGUGGAAUUUAAAAUGGGGCUGUCACCGUAGCCCAGUUUGCUUAAACAAAAGAGGCUGUCGCUUAAACAAAGGUAUUAGGACGACAAUCGCCUCCGUUAUUACCCCGAGCGAGGCACGACUUUUUGUAGUGAGGCUCGCAGGUGUGUUUUGAACAAAAUGGGAGAGUACAGUAGCAUGCUACCCAAGCGACGCUUUGUUGCGGGAUAGGGCCAAGCCAGCCCCAGUCAGGCUGCACUGCCAAGGGGGUUGUUCACGCCAAGCCUUUAGCAGGUUCGAGGGGGGGUGACUGUUUGCUGUCGAAAGACGAAAAAAGGGGAAAAGACCCCACCAGCCUGAUGACACUGGACAACAUGAAGCCCGAGAGAGAUGCGACAGAGGAGUUUUUCGAGUAUGACGCGGAGGAGUUUCUGGUGUUCCUGACCCUGCUCAUCACAGAGGGACGGACGCCAGAAUAUUCGGUGAAGGGCAGGACCGAGGGGCUGCACUGUCCGCCCGCCCAGUCGGCCAUGCCACCUCUUCACAAGCAUGAAUGCAGUGAGAAAGUGCCACAGUGUCGGCAGGCGCGGCGGACUCGUUCAGAGGUGAUCCUGCUUUGGAGGAAUAAUAUCCCCAUCAUGAUCGAGGUCAUGCUCCUGCCUGACUGUUGCUAUGGCGACGAAUGCUCACCGAGUGACCCUAUCAGUGACCCGGUCAUCAAGCAAGACGCGUUGUUGCUGGAGAGAUGGACGUUGCAGCCAGUUCCGAGACAAAGCGGUGACCGUUUCAUUGAGGAGAAGACGUUGCUGUUGGCCGUGCGCUCGUAUGUUUUCUUCUCGCAGCUCAGCGCCUGGCUCAGUGCCUCCCAUGGCAUCGUUCCCCGAAACAUCCUUUACAGAAUCAGUGCCGCCGAUGAAGAGUUGGUGUGGCAGUUCCCUCAGCCGCCAUCCGAACACAUUUUCCCCAUCCCUAAUGUGUCCCAAAGUGUUGCGCUGCAGGUCCGUGUCCAGUCGCUGCCCCGCCAGCCUACCUAUCCUACUCUGGCUUGCAGCAUUCACACUGGCCUGCCCCCGCUCUACAGCAAAGCCCCCAACCUCAACAGCCAUGGUGGCCUGCCCACUCUACGAAAAAGCCAGGAGCCUAGCAAGGAGAACCAACAUUGCUCCAACAUUUAUAGCAAGAGCUCCAGCUCUAUGUCGGGCCUCCUUCUCAACGGAAUGCCCAUCCCAAAUCUUCCCAUCAACAAUAUUCCCAUCAACAGCUUCCCACAAACGGCCACGCCACCCCCCUACAGCAAGAAAAAUCAGGAACCGGGUGAUAACCACACAUAUCAGAACGGAGAGCUACCACAGGUCAACACCCCCCAAAAUCAGGAAUCCCCACUGUUCCGCCAGUCAUCCAGCUCGCCCACACCCUCACGUUCCCCUUCUCCGCACCCUGGGAAAUGGCUCUACUCGUCCCUCAAUGGUUCAUCUGACACCCCACCUUUGGAGGACUAUAGAUGCAGUACCAACACUGGCAAUAGGUCAAAAGCACCUCUACCCGAGCCGCUUCGAGCCUUGAAGAGCUUCUCAUUAGCUGAGCCUACACGCUGCCCUUCGCCGCGGCCCACGGCAAACGAAACCAACCCCUUGAUCGGUUCGCUGUUACAGGAAAGACAGGAAGUUAUAGCCCGCAUCGCACAGAGGCUCAACUUCUGUGACCCCACAGCGCCACCGCUUCCCCCUGCCCUUUUUGCCACGGAAAACCCUCCCAAAGCCACCUGGGGCAGUUGCCAUGAUGACAUAGCCGCCAGUAAGACCAAAGAGCCAGAGGUACCCCCCUACGAGUGUGUGGGUUAUGCUUGGCCCACACCCACAACCGGCACAUCUUUCCACAAGCAUGAGACCUCCUCCCCAAAACCCGCAGCCUGCAGGAAGUUGAGAUUGACUGAGACACGAGACAAGAGUGCGGAGAGGGAUCGAGACGUGACGAGAGAGAGAAGCAACAACAAAGAGCGAGACGGAUCCCUCAUCGCUCAGGCAGUGCACGACAUUACUCGACUCAUCCAGGAAAGACUGUCCGUCCCCUCGCUGUCACCCAGCCACAGCAGGUGUGGCAGCCCUCUGCACCACACACACACAACAACAGUCACGCACACAAUACGCACAUAUUCACACCCUGCACACGUUCCACACGCCUCACAGGACUGCUACACCAACGGACACAACCACGAACUUAACAGGGGCACACCCUCCGCCGCCCCGUACACGCCUCUUUGCACAAACAAAACUCGGCUCGACCCGGGAACCGAUUGCCAUUCUCCUCGAGCCCAAAAUGGCGCCCACGCUACACUUGAAGAACCUUCACUCAGAGGCCAGUUGUAUGCUGGUCCACGUUUACAAACUCCCACCCAGGAAAACCUACCAGUCCACACAACCAGCAGUCACAUUUUCCCACCCUCCUUUGAGAACGGACCUAGAAAUGACAUGCCUUCCGGUCAGCCCUGCAAGAGAUCCACCUCCAGCUGUAACGCAAUCCAAAAUCACUGCAAACUUCAAUCAUCGGCAUGGGUUGACGCUUUAGCCCAGGAUGAGAACCAAACACCUAGACAGUCUCCAGAUGUAACUCCCCCUCCUACUGUCCUGCGAACUCAUGGACCCCCUCCCCUGGGGCCCUGUAACGGCUGGAGGAAGCAAAAUCGCCACUCGUUAGACGCCACGGCGACCAAGGCCUUCCACCCCUGCACGGGCCUGCCCCUGCUCUCUAGUCCUGUACCCCAGAGGAAAAACCAAUCGGGCUACUUUGACUUGGACACCUCUCUGGUUGGCUGUAAGGGUUUGCCUUGGGCUUCUGGGAAAAGGGUGUGCCCUAAGGGAGACGAGUACACAGAUGACUCUCAGCAGCUUUUUAGUGCAAGUGCUCCACCUGCCAGUCUCAGUCUUCUGGGAAACUUUGAGGAGUGUGUGUUGAACUACCGCCUGGAGCCUUUAGGGACAGUGGACGGUUUCGCGGCUGAAGUUGGUGCCAGUGGGUCCUUCUGCCCCAGUCACCUGACCUUACCCGUGGACGUGUCAUUCUACAGCGUCUCUGAUGAUAACGCCCCUUCACCUUAUAUGGGUGUGAUCAACUUGGAGUCCCUGGGGAAAAGGGGCUACCGUGUACCUCCAUCAGGAACCAUUCAAGUGACCUUAUUCAACCCGAACAAGACGGUGGUAAAGAUGUUUGUGGUGAUGUACGACCUACGAGCCAUGCCAGCGGGACACCAGACCUUCCUGCGCCAGAGGACGUUUUCAGUCCCUGUCAGGCGGGACUCAAACCAUCAGAUCAACAGGAAACCCCUCGCUUUGGGCCAGGCACGAACUCUGCGCUACCUAGUUCAUCUGAGGUUCCAGAGCUCAAAGUCUGGGAAGAUCUACCUCCACAGGGACAUCCGCCUGCUGUUUUCUAGGAAAUCUAUGGAGGUGGACAGCGGUGCUGCCUACGAGCUACAGUCAUUCACCGAGUCACCCAUCGACCCACCGUUCUCGCCCCGCUGCUGACCCCUGACUAAAUCCCAGAACCGCCCCCCCCCAACUCUUUCCUCAUUCUCCACCUGACAGGCCAUACCCAAACUUCGAUUACAGCCAUGAGUCAUUGUGUUAGUCUGUGACUUGUGUUGGAAGAAAGAUUGAAGGACAGCAGAUGAUGGAGUGCACCCCGAUGUGGGACGCUUGUUAGAAUGGAAUUCUUUGUUGUUGAUGUGCAUGAUCUUUGUUGUGACUCACAGCUGGGUUGUGCAGGGCUUUGAAAUCCUGCUAGAAAUGCCUUACAAGAUUUAAAAGGUAAUUCAUCUGUGUAUUUCCCUCCUCCUGCGUCUGGCAGGAGAGUCGAGACCAAUAAUUGUCCACAGGACCAGUUGGACUCUUAAUUCUGUUCCCAAACUAGAAUGUUAAUUUGGACCUCAUUGUGACAUGAUCAGUUGUUGAUGAACUUCAGUUAUGUGACAAAUGCAAUCCACGGCCUCUUAAAUUGCAGCUUGUUUGAAAGUAAAUUUAGCCUAAUUUGGAGUCAAUAGCCUGUAGAAACCGACAUUUUUCUGCCUUUUAUUUAAUGUCCUACUUCACUGGAUUUUGUGUAAAAGGAAGUUUGAUGCCGGAUCCUCGGUAAUGAUCUGAUGAAGCAAUUUUGGGUUAAUACUGCAUAAAAGAAGCGGAUGAAUAAUUUUCGAGUUUGAAGCACACCGACUGCGGAGCACCUUCCCGUCAACCUUUCCGAACCUCACCACAGCAAACAAAAGGACCAUCGAAGAUGUUGAUCAAUUAAUCAUUGAUCAAACAACCGCACUGAAUUUAGGUAAACUUAACAAAAGAAAACAUGACAAAUGCACUGUGGAUUUGUUUUUAUCCCCCCUCAUCCGAACUGGAAAAGAAAGCGAAAAAUAAUUGUCCUCUUUUUGUACUGUUACAAAAACCACUUUAUUGGAAGUGUUGCAAUAGCGAAAGAGUAAUCUUAGUUCUAAGUGUUUACUUUCAGUUUACCUAACCAUCCUGUUUAUUUAAUAUUUAAAUUAAUAUUUCAGUUACUAUUUGUGAUGUCGCUCAUGCCAAGAUGAGUUAGUGUAAACUGUAUAUCAUAGUAUUUUUUGACAUUAUUCAAAUCUGAAAGAAAUAUAUAUAUCUUCUAAAUCAAUCUUUAAAUCUGCUCUGUCUCAUUUUUUCACCCAGCAGAAUUAGUUUUCUUUGCCAUUUUUACACACAUUUGCACACAUACUUUUACCUAAUAACCCUUUUACAAGACAAAAUCUUAG